UCGAUAAAUUUCGAAUGCUUUGGCAACAAAUUAGUUGAAAGUAUUCAAAUCAAGCUUUCUAAGAGUGAGUCUGUGUCAACGCUUUAUAUUUUAUAGAAAAUUUUUGAUACUUGCAAAGCUAGCAAACAUUUGUUUUUUAACUUAAUCCAUCAUAUUUACACUGAGGAAGUAUACUUUUUGAACCAAAAUAAAAAAAUCAGCAAAUUAUGUCGCUUGUCUAUAUAACGCGUCACUAUGAGAAUAUCAAAAACAUCGAGAGCUCCGCCGAAUAUUAUCAAUUCAUGAAAGGCAAUUCUACGGUAAAACCUAGACGGUCCUGUAGAAAAAAGGACAAGUCCAGAGCUGUUAUAAAAUUGUCAGAUGGUAAGAUUUUACUGACCGAUUCUAACAAGAGUGAGCACAAAACAAUGGGCUACAGUGCGACACCGCUACGUGAACCAUGCGAAUUCCUGCGCAAAAAUGGUGGCGUCAAGUGGCAAAGAAAACGCGAUCACACUUGUCCUAAACGAGAUGAGCCGGUACUACCGGUGCCACGCUUGGAAGAUCUGAAGAAAGAGAAACGAGACAAGGAGAAGAAAAAAGUGAAUUUUAUUAAGAAGAACGCGCAGUGCAUUAAAAAUUCGCCAGCCAAAUGGCAUUCACCGAAGUAUAUUGACUUCCAUACAGGCACGCCACGUGAAUUGAAAAAUUCCGGACUAGUUCCACAAUAUGUUUGUUCGGAAGCAUACGGCAAAGUGCCUUGUUACUUGCGUUUGUAUAAAAAGCUAGUGACGGAUAAACCCGAAGUAUGUAAGAUGGAACAAGUGCAGCUAGCAGAGCGUUGCAAGUUCAAGGAUGCCAGUAUUCGUCAGUUACCAUUGGAGGAGAGGGAUAACAUUUUAAAGGGUCUUAAGCAGCAUUUUAAUAAUGUCUUCAAAGCUUACCAAGCGGGUUCUUUGUUAAUUGACACAAUUUCGAAGCGUUUAAGGAAAUCGAAUUUGGAAAAGGAAUUACGUCAAUUGGAACACGACAUUUUUCUUCUAGAAUCUAAUCCAAUCAUAUAUGUAUCUGAAUAUUAAAUUUCAAUAAAAUGCUUCA